GAAUCUUCUCCGAUUUUAGUUUUGGGAAUUAGGGUUUAAAACCUUCUGAAAUUGACUGUGUUAUUAUGGAAUCAAACCCUUGACACUCAUUUUUUCUGUCCUUUUUUUUUCUUCUUUCUCUCUUUGGGAUGUUGCUGGAUUUUGAUUUUCCAAUUCUCAAUUAACUGUAUAUGUAUGUGUUUGGGCUCUAGAUGCAAUAUGGUGAUUAUGUGUUAGAAUUGGUGCCCCUCUGUUGUGAUUAGAGGAAGAUAGAAACACAGGGACUAAGCUCGUACUAAGUUGUAAACUUGGACCAAAUUAUGAAAUUAAUACAAAGUUGUUAAAAUCUAGAGAUUUAAUUGAUAGUAAGUGGUUAAAUAUAGGGACCAACAUAACACUUUAAUAGAGUUCGAGACCUUUUUGAAAUACUCAUAAUCUCCGAGACCUAUUUGAGAGUGUCCUACAAAAUCAAGGACUAAUUUGGUGAUUUAUUCGAGUUUAAAUUGUUGCCGAAUAUCCAAGAUAAGCUGACUAUUUUCAGGUGUAGGUGCAAUGUUCUGCCAGAGUUUUGGUGUUUUUUGUGUGUCGCGUGUCAUGCUGUUAUGUGGUGUAGUAUAUAGGUGCAGUUUUGAUCCUAGAGAGUCGAUAUUAGUUGGUGGUUUGUCUGUGGUUUUUGAGUGCCCGCCAUUUGUUUGUUUGUUUGUUUGUUUGUUUGUAUCUGUGUGGUGCAGUCUUGGGGUAUUUUCUUGUUCUGUUCUUAGUUAACUCUUGUUGCUUCCGUUUUGGUGGGGUAUUUUCUUUCUGGUCAUGCUUUUAGUGGGUUUUGGUCUAUUUGUAUGGCUUCUGUGCCUCUUCUAUAUAUUUAGAAGUUUGUAAUCUCUUGUUUUGGUAGUAUAGAUUUCCUUAAUAAUACUUUGCUUUACAAAACAAAUUAAACCUAAUUUGUCGAAUCCAUAGAGGUCCAUUUCGUGGCGCUGCUAGAUUCUUCUAAUCAGUAGGACAGGAGGAGGAGGAGGAAAACAAGCUUACAAUGAGCAUCUAUUUGAACCGAUUAUUUCCAAGAUGUAAUUCAAGUUUAUUCUUAUCCAAUGGAAAGGCCUUACAAGCUCAAGUUUUACGCUUAGGGGAAGACAAGUUCUUGGUGGAUGCGGGAACUGGGACCCCCAGAACUUGUAUGCAAGAUGAGCUUACAAGAGUGCCAAUCAACCAAGCCAUCACUAGGUUUGAGAAUAAGGUGGGAUUCUUGGAUCGAGUGGCCGGGGAAUCACAGAUCAGAAAGAAGAAUUUGGAGAAAUUAUUCAUGGAUCUAGUUGCCGGAGAAUCACUGACCAGAGAGACAGCAGCCUCCAAGUUUAAUGAUUUGGUGGGAUCCACUGAUGUAGUGGCUGGUGAACCGCAUCUUCUUCUUCCACGAAGAUUCAGACAAAACCGAGCAUGGUUGAAACUGAACAAGAUUUGGCGAACGAAUACAAAGGUAAAAGGCUUUAUUAUUGAUAAAGUCAAAGGAGGUUAUUCAGUAGCCAUUGCGGGUUUCAUUGCUUUUCUUCCAUUCCGUACUCACAACAAAAGGAUAACGAGGAGGAUACCGAUGGAUCAAUUCACCAUUGAGAGCAUUGACCCCAAAACGUCAAAGAUUGUGGUGUUCUAACAGUGGCAGAUCACACAAUAACUUGGUGUUCUAAUAAUUUAGGUUAAUAAUUAUUAUUAAACAAUGGGGAAGUCAUUUUUUCUUAGACUCCAGCAGAACUUUGUUUAUUUCCUAUGUUUUCUUUCGUUUUGGUGGUUCGUUAUUAACUCUUAUUAUUCCCAUUGCAUCUUCUUAUUAAAGUGACAAUUGUAAGGACAUAAUGAUUGCCGGAUGAUCACUAUUGUUUUUGUUUAUUUCA